UCGGUGGGCAGACGCCGUUCGAACUACACGCCCGCCGAAAUCGCGAUCCCCGCUUACAUGUCACGUAAGUCACGAUGUUGCUUCCGAAAGGUGAACAUUUAUGACGCGAUCAGCCAAUGCGCCUGAUAAAUGGCACUGCCGAACUCGAAAUUAUCCCGUUGUUACACGUGUACAAACGUAAAAUGCUAAUAAAAAGGACGGCCGCGGAUAGACUUGAGAAACGAACUUUUAAUCGGAUUAUAGUGUGCGUGUUGUUCUAUUGCCAUGCUGUGGACAGAAGCGUCGCGGCAGAGACGCCGCACGAAUGCGCUUACCGUAGUUCCGAAGCGGAAACGUCGGGGAGCACGGUGCUCUUCUGCAAGAUUCGGACCAUAAGCAGUUUGGAUCACCUGCUACAGAACAUCAGCAAGACUCACUACGACGACGUCAUAUCAUUGCACGUUCAAUGCAGCGAAAUUCUAUUUUUCGAGAGCACUUUAACCACAAGCGCCCAAAAGCCGACCGGUAAACACACGAGUCUUGGAAAGUUGAGAGAUCUCGUCAUCGACAGAUGCAAGUUACGUCAAAUACCGGCCCGUGCAUUCGAGAGUUUCAAAGAUCUGAAACGUCUGCAUGUGACCACUCAUAACAGCGAAUGGUCCGCGAUGACAAUGGAACUGAAUGAAGAAGCUUUCGCAGGUUUGAAUGAACUAGUCGAACUCAAUCUUAGUAACAACAACAUCUGGAGCACCAAAACAGAAACAUUUUGUUCACUGUACAGUUUAAAAGUGUUGAACCUCACAAAUAAUCACCUACAAAACAUAAAGACUAUCGGUUUCUCGGACAGUCUGAGGGAACAAAACUUAAGCUUGAGAACUUGUAACUUAGUCAUAGAGACACUAGAUAUGUCAUAUAAUGAUUUGAUUGUUGUAAAUGAUAAUAGUUUAUCAAAGUUACGUUCGCUAUCGAAACUUUUAUUGCAAAAUAAUGCGUUGUCUAAUUUAGAAGGUGGUGCCUUUGAAGGAUUGCUCAGCUUAGAGGUUCUCAAUUUAUCAAGCAAUUUCAUGAAUACACUCCCGCCUGAUUUGUUUUCUGAAACUAAAUCAUUAAAAGAAAUUAAUCUUAGUAAUAACACUAUUAACAAUUUGCCUCCGGGACUUUUUGAUAAUUUAGAUCAACUACAAGUAUUAGAUUUAUCUCUCAACGAACUGACUAGUCAGUGGAUUAAUAAGAAUACAUUUGUUGGUUUAUUAAGAUUAGUCAUAUUAAACCUAUCUUAUAAUAAGCUUAGUAGAAUAGAUCGUUAUAUGCUCCAGGAUUUGUACAGUUUGCAGAAAUUAAAUUUAGAACAUAACGACAUAUCCACAAUUGAUAAACAUGCUUUCAGUGAAUUAAGGAAUCUGCAUUCGCUAACACUAUCUAAUAACCAACUUGUGCACAUUGAAACACAUUUGUUUACAGAUCUACAUGUGCUACAUGAACUCUUUAUUGAUAACAAUAAAAUCAAACACAUCGAAGAUAAUGCCUUUGAUAAUAUGACUGCAAUAGAAGACUUGAGUCUUAAUGACAAUUUUCUCUCAUCUGUCCCGGCGUCGAUUCGCAAGCUACGCUCGCUGAGGUCUCUCGACAUAGGCAACAACAAUAUAACACAUCUAACCCGCGAAAACUUUCGCGGCUUGUCCGAACUUUUCGGUUUACGACUAGUUGAUAACAAAGUUACCAAUUUAAAUGAGGACACUUUCGAGCAUUUACCACAGCUGCAGGUAUUAAAUUUGGCAUCAAACAAAAUCAGACAUGUUGCGUCCGGAUGUUUUCGUAAAAACAUAAAUUUGAAACUCCUGCGAAUGGACGGCAAUGAAAUAACAAAGUUUGACGGUAUUUUCAGUACCUUGAAUAGUUUAGUAUGGCUUAACAUGUCAGCGAAUAAAUUAUCAUACUUUGAUUUUCGUUCAUUUCCAGAAAGUUUGGAGUGGCUCGAUUUGCAUAAGAACUCUAUAUCAACUUAUAAGAAUGACGAUACCCAUUCUAAUGUUAAUAUUAAACUACUGGACUUAAGUUAUAAUAACAUAACGGAAAUAACUGUGACUUCAAUACCGAAUUCCGUAGAAAAACUUUAUUUGAACGACAAUAAUAUACAGAACAUUCAAGUCGGUUCCUUUUCGAAACUACAAAGGCUAUCAACUGUGACUUUAAAUAAUAACAAACUAGUCCAUCUUGACAUGAAUGCGUUUAGGUUAGAUCAAAUAGAUGAAGAUAGUGACUUACCCGAGUUCUUUAUAAGCGGAAAUACAUUUAUUUGUGACUGUUCAAUGGAAUGGAUUCAGCGCAUUAAUCAUUUGAGCCACAGUCGACAAUACCCGCGCGUGUUAGAUUUAGAUAAAGCUUUGUGUUCGCUGGUCCACUCGCGUGCUAAACGUAAAAAAUUGAUAAUAGACAUGUCGCCUUCGGACUUUCUUUGCCCUUACGAAAGUCAUUGUUUCGCAUUGUGUCAAUGUUGUGACUUUGUGGCGUGCGACUGUGAAAUGAUUUGUCCAAACGAUUGUCGAUGCUAUCACGAUAUCCCUUGGAAUGCCAACGUUGUUGAUUGUUCAAAUGCCGGUUACACGGAAGUACCUAAGCACAUUCCGAUGGAUGCCACUGAAAUAUAUUUAGAUGGAAAUCACAUAAGUCACUUGGGAAAUCAUGUUUUUAUCGGCAAAAAAAAGCUACAAGUACUUUAUUUAAACAAUACUAAAUUGAAGGAAGUCAACAAUCAAACCUUUAAAGGAGUCGAUUCCCUGAGGGUACUUCAUUUGGAAAACAACAAGCUUGUGGAAUUAAAAGGCGAUGAAUUUUUACAUCUCAACAGUUUAAACGAAUUAUAUCUAGAUCACAACGCGAUAACUCAUGUCGCUAAUAAUACUUUUUCAUCUUUGAAAUCGCUCUCAGUUUUGCGAAUUGACGAUAACAAGCUCGUAAAUUUCUUUCCAUGGAAAUUAUUAGCUUCAUCCUCAGAAAGCUUAGCUCAUGUGUCGAUUGAAGGUAAUCAAUAUUCGUGCGACUGUAAAAGCAUAGCGGAAUUGGAUUCAUGGCUCAGGAGAGACCCUGGGGACCCUGAGAAAAUGCUAUGCACAGACUCUGAAGGGAAACCAACUAAAAUAACAAUAGCCUCCGUCUUGAGUCACUGUAAAGAAUACAUGGGCUCGAUAAGCGACCCAACAAUGUCUAGAGAUGAGGUCAUUUCAAAGUCAGUGUUUCUUCCUGAUAAUUAUUUCGCUGUAAUAUGUGGAAUAAUCAUUAUAGUUGUCGUCAUUUGCUUAAUCUUCGCCAUAUUCUAUGCGUUUAGAUAUGAAGUAAGCGAUUGGGUUUAUACAAAAUACGGUGUUCCUCUCUUCAAAGAACAAUCGUGUCCUAAUGUCGAUCACGUGAUGGAAGGAAACCCGAAUCACAUGUACGACUAUUACGUGAUAUGCAAUACCAAAGAUACGGGCUUCAUUUAUCACAAUAUAAUGUCGGAGAUUGAAUUCAGAAAAAUGUGCUCCAAAAGCUUUUCAUUAAACGAAGCAACGCUCAACAUUUUAACUUUAGAUAGCUUUUCCAAAUCGCCGAAACUUUCGAAGCGUUUACUGAUAGUUUUAACGAAUAAUUUCAUUUGCAACGAUCUUAGCGAUAUUCAAUUCAAGAAUAUAUUCUUCGGCUAUUUAAAGUCGUUAAAUCGUAGCGAAUCGAACAAGGUAAUAUUUAUUAAUAUUGUAGAUAACAUACAGCUGAGCGACGAAUUGUGUUUCGCAUUAGAUAAGUUUAAAAAUAUAUCUUGGAACGAUCCACGUUUUUGGGACCGUUUCAUGGUGCUUCUCAAUUCGACCGACACUAUUAUCACAGUAAAAGGUUCGGAGGCGAGUGUAUUCAAGAAAUCGUUACGUAAUACACCGUCGUUGAGGUACACGACAAUGCCGGUUCCAAACGAUAGUUGUUCGAAGCAGAACUUCACGAAUUCUUUACAAUUUUGUAAAAGGUACGACGGUGAAACAUCUCUGAAUGAGAGUUCACCUUCGUCCGAUAAUAACACUUACGGAGAAGGGAAUACCUCGAACAACAGCUAUAUGUCUAUCGAGAACAGGUCUUGUCCUCGGUUUAAUUAUGACUUGAGGCUAUCCCCUAGUAGCGGUCAUGUAUAUUCUAGGGUGGAUGAUAUUUCACCUACCACGCCGCGUACUGCUACAGUAUCUAGUAAGGGACGCACAUACUUUGUUUGAAAUUCAAGUUCCACAAUACCGUAAUUCUUUUUUUACACAUAAAAAUAUCACACAUUUUGAAUUCAUUCAAAUCACUUGCUUAUUUGUAAAUAACUUGAAAGUAUGUUACAGUCAAUUUUAAAUGCGUAAUUUAAGAUGAAGUAUUUAAUGUUGCUAUGGAUUUCACACAUGUUUUAAAAUGACUAGAAACAUGUGUUUUAAUCAUGUUCGGGGUGAUCAAUAAAAUAAUAACAGUUUAACUUGUUCAUUAUAAAAAGGAAGUGAGAUAGUUCUCGUAUUACUGUAAUUCAACACCAAAUAGAAUAAGAUUUCAACUAAAUGUCUAUUCACAAUUAUAACUUAAGAUAGACUUUAAUAGGUACGUAAAUGGUAAUAAUAUAAAUGUGCAUAUUUUUAUCGUUCACCAAAUUUUCAGUAUUAUUAUUAUUAUUAUAAGUUCUAUACAAUCGUAUCUCGAAUAAUUAUAAUAUGUACAAUCUGAUUUUGAUCGUUUUUUUUUGUUUCUGGGAUGGUGUGAUGUAAAAUAUUCGGAAUCAGCAUUUUUGUAGCAAACGUUUGGCGUUUGGUAUUUGUACGUACUUGUCUCAACGGGAGAAAACCCUACGUUAUUAUUAGGGUUAUUAAAUGUAGAUGCUAAUUUGUCCUCUUUAUACCUAAAACUCGAUUUUGAAGUUCAAAUUCCGAGCAUCUUAUUGUUUAUAUUCACAGUAUAAUAUAUCAUACCUGCAAAUUAUAUUCUGAUGUAUUAUGAAAAAGUGUUUAGGACUGUAUAAUAUAAAUUUUAUGCUUGUCUGUAUUACGUAACAUGCUUACUAAUAAUUUAAGUAUAUGCUAAAGUUUGUAUAUAACGAUGUAAUAUGUUCGAAAUGUUAUUGUUUAUUCAUAAUUAUAUGCUUCAUUACAUAAUAUAAAUUUUAAUAAAUAAUUAAGCUAAAUCGUGAUAUUAGAUUUAAUAAUUAUAAAACUUGAAAAACAAUUGUAAUUUUUGGAUUGUAAUUAUUAGUCUGUAAUGAAAUUUAUUGUUUUGUAUAAAAAAUGUACAAAGAUAUCUUGAAAACGUAAUAAAUUAUACUGAAGUUUUGAUACUUA